CCUAGUUACCUCCUCUUGUCUUUAACUCAACAAAAGAUCUAGUCUUCCAGUUGUCACCACUAAAAAAACCAUGCUUUCUUCCAAACUUCUUCAAGAUCAUUCUAGAAUCUCUCUUAAGCGUCUCUGUUCGAUUGUCUUCGUCCGCCUUAUGGGUGGCGGACCUCGUACAUUUCCAGGCGGCCUGAGUAAAUGGCAGUGGAAGCGUCUUCACGAGAAGAAAUCCAGGGAGAAAGAGAAGAAACUUCUGGACCAAGAGAAACAGUUAUACCAGGCCCGUAUUCGAUCACAAAUCAGAUCCAAGCUUGAUGGAGAACCCAAUGGAAUUGGCGCUCAUCAGGAUCCAAAUCACGGGCCAAUGACAGCCAGAGACCAGGUAAAGGCUUUGGCUGACCGAUUCAUGAAGGAAGGAGCGGAAGAUUUAUGGAAUGAAGCUGAUGGUCCUAUCAAGACACCGCUGCCCUGUCCAACAGUUCUACCAGGUCCCCGGUUAGCCCAAAGACCAAUUGGCAUAAGAAAUUUGAGUUCCCCUUAUUUCAAUGGACCUCGUCAUUACUCUGUUUAUUCUCCAAGGCAAAUUUCCAAUGGUUCCGAUUUAACUGUAAAAAGUGGUAAGAAGACAUGGCCAAGGCUUGGGUCGAGAAGGGAUGAAUCAUCAGACGAUGAAUGCACUGAUGAUGAGAUGGGUAAGGAUAUUGGAGGUAGAGGGGGAAGGAUGAUGAGCAAUGCUGCUCUUGGGAUGUACGAUAGGAAGACCAAAAAGCGGUUACCAUUGAAUUCUUUGGAGAAUGAGGAGAACUUGUCUGAGCAUGUUGAGUACAUACGGGAAGAAUUCAACAAGAGGAAAAUGAUGGAACGUUCACAAGUUUUUAAUGAAGAAGAGUCCAUUCUCAGUCAGAAGAAAUUCGAGGAAUGUGAUGUUUCUCCAUUGACUGUGAAGGCUCUUACUGAGGCAGGAUUUGUGCAGAUGACCAGAGUACAAGAAGCUACAAUAUCUGUUGGUCUUGAAGGCAACGAUGCUUUGGUUAAGGCAAAAACUGGCACGGGCAAAACUGCUGCCUUUUUGAUCCCUGCAAUUGAAACAGUUCUCAAGGCUUCAGCAACUCCAAACACAAGGUUGAGAGUAUUGCCUAUAUAUGUUCUUGUUCUUUGUCCAACAAGAGAACUUGCAAGUCAGAUAGCUGCAGAAGCUAAUGCAAUGAUGAGAUACCAUGAAGGUAUCGGUGUUCAAACUCUAGUUGGUGGUACAAGAUUCAAACUUGAUCAGAAACGCUUGGAAUCAGAACCAUGUCAGAUAAUUGUUGCCACCCCUGGAAGAUUACUCGAUCAUAUUGAGAACAAGUCUGGUUUUUCUGUGCGCUUAAUGCAAUUGAAAAUGCUGAUACUUGAUGAAGCUGAUCAUUUAUUAGAUCUAGGAUUCAGAAAGGAUGUAGAGAGGAUUGUUGAUUGUGUGCCACGUCAAAGACAAUCCUUUAUGUUUUCUGCUACACUUCCCAAAGAGGUUCGUCGAGUAUCUCAGCUUGUCUUGAAAAGGGAACAUGCAUAUAUAGAUACAGUGGGUCUGGGUCGUUUGGAAACCCAUGCCAAGGUUAAGCAGUCUUACUUAGUUGCGCCACAUGAUCAACAUUUUCAAAUUACCCACCAUCUCCUAAAGGAACACAUCUCUGUAACGCCCGAUUACAAGGUUGUAGUUUUCUGUUCAACAGCAAUGGUGACAUCACUCAUGUUUCUUCUCCUCAAGGAGAUGAAACUAAAUGUGAGAGAAAUGCAUUCUCGGAAGACUCAGCUCUAUCGGGAUCGUGCAACAGAGGAGUUUAAGGAAUCAAAAAGGUUGAUUCUCGUAACAUCGGAUGUUUCAGCCCGUGGAAUGAAUUACCCGGAUGUCACCUUGGUGAUUCAGGUUGGCAUUCCUUCCGAUAGGGAACAGUACAUACAUCGUCUUGGUAGAACUGGCCGUGAAGGAAAAGAAGGAGAAGGGGUCUUGUUGAUUGCACCAUGGGAACAAUAUUUCUUAUCCGAAAUCAAAGACCUGCCCCUUGAGAAAGUUUCUUUACCCGAAAUAGACCCAAAUAUAAAACUCAAGAUGAAUGAAUCAAUGGCCAAAGUUGACAAUAGCGUGAAAGAAGCAGCUUAUCACGCUUGGCUUGGUUACUAUAAUUCGAUCAGAGAAACCGGAAGAGAUAAGACCACACUUGUGGAGUUAGCCAACCAAUUUUCCAACUCUAUUGGUUUAGAGAAGCCUCCAGGUCUUUUCAGGAAAACAGCUCUGAAAAUGGGUUUGAAGGACAUUCCUGGAAUAAAGAUAAGGAAAUAGUGACAAUAAAUUUGGAUGAAGGAACAAGUUGUUGAUACUAUUUGCUAGAGCUGGACCUGCAAAUCAAAAGGAACAAACCCUAAUUUUUUUAUAUUUUUUUUUGGUUUGUCAUCCCUUUAGACACUGAACUUGCUUUGAGCAUUGAAUUAGGAUCUUGAACUUUAGUUUUUAGUCAAAAGAAUGCUUCAUCUUGUAAAUUCGAAAUUAGAUAUUUAAGGUUUCAGAAUGAUUUUUAAGUAA